UCGGAUAAUAAAUUUUAAGUUUACUAACUUUUAAUUAAAUUAACGCUUUAACAAAUCUUCUUUACCGAUUGAAUCACCAUGACAACCAACUCGACAUUUAAAUUACAACAAAAUAAACGUCACUCGAAGAUGUUUUCAACUCAAGAUUGCGAAUGCGUCGGUUUUGAGUCGAUUUGGAAAGUUACAAAAGUUUAUGAAGUUAAUAGUUCGCAAACGAAUUAUGUCUCGCAUGAAAUCGGAACAACAACACAACCUAAAGUUACAUCGGAGACUCAAACUGAUAUGUUUGAAAUCCCCGCAACGUGUGAAGUCGAUAUGGAGCGCCUUUCGAAGUGGUUAAAUAAGAUUUACCCCACUGUUUCUAAGGAAUUAAAUGAAACGAUUCAUUCUCAGGCUUUUAAAAAUUAUCGAUUGGAUAAGAAUUAUGAGAAACCAAGUGUUAAACUUUUACAGUCGUUAAAAGUUAUUUCAGGACAAGAUAAUUCUGGAGAAAUCCCCCGUGUUUCUUCUUUAUCGUGGAAUUCCACGGGAAAUACUUUAGCUAUUUCUUGUAAUUACGGUCAUAAGAUAUGGUGUUAUCACCCCGGUUUGGUUUCUUUAUUUACAUUUGAUCGUUUCGAACAAUUCUCGGAAACACCCACUAAAAAAUUAGUAGCUGAGACUUGUGUUUCCGUAAUUAAUUUCCACCCGAAUUUGCCGUUUAUUAUAGCAGCCGGAACUUAUACUGGUGCAAUAAUCAUUUGGAACAUCCAAAACGAUGACGACGAUAAUGUUAUAGUGAAAAUCCAAGCUCACGAAGAAAAUAUAACCCAACUUUCUUGGAUUUCCGAUUUAGAUGACCCAAAAAUCGUGAUUUUGGCUUCUUCGAGUUUAGACGGUUGUUUAUGUUUGUGGAAUUUUAACUCCGAAUUAGAAAUUAAACACAAGUACAAAAUAAAAUCGCCGAUUUUACCAAAAUCACCAAGAUUAUUACAAGUACCGGAAGAGAUAGCAAAAAAAAUUGAAAGAGGGGUUAUUACAUUCGAUUUUUCCCCCUACAUUAGAGAUAUGUUCAUCGUUGGGGUUGAAGGAGGAUUAUUAGUGCAAUGUUCUUUAUUGGGAACUGUGCCUUUAAAAGGAAGUACUAAAGAAGUACCAAUAUCAGAUCCGGUUUAUAAAUAUUUCGAGCCCCACGAAAGUGAUAUUGUUAAAGUGCAAUUUUCCCCAAAUCGAAAAGAGAUGUUUUUUAGUUACACAAAUAGCGGGCAAUUAAGAAUUUACAUUUUAAACGAAGAUGAACCAGCCCAAACGAUUUUUAUCAACACUUUCCUCGAUUUAACAUUUAUCCCAUUCCAUGAAAAAAUCAUCGCCGGUUGCGGCUCAAAAGGAUCAAUAGAAAUUUUCGGGUUGCGCUCAACAAAUUCGCUUCAUUCGAUUGAAAAUUCCAAUUUUGAAAUUACAAUGACACGAAUGGAAUUAAACCGAUCUAGAGUUUCUACGGUUGCUGUGGGAAAAAAUAACGGCGUUUUGGAGUUAUGGAGUGUUCCAUGGAGUUGUUUUAAUCAAGAAGAAAAUUAAUUUGAGGUUAUUGUUUUUUUAUUAAUUAAUAAAAACGAAACCCGGAGAAAAUAAAUA